UCUUACGUAGCACAGCAGUAUGGUACCAUCGAUACACUCAUAUUCCAUCUCACAAAAGAUAAUAAUUCAUUAAUUAACUCUCUUAGUUUUCCUCCGUGGGUUAGAUCUGCGGAAAAGUUUGCCUAAGUGAUCCAUUUUCAGCGACGAAGAAACAUUUAAUCCCGCUUCUUUAAUUUACUCUCAUUUUUCAAAGCAACUCAAUGUUUUUACUAUUAUGAGAACUUGUUUCAUUGCGUGAAGUACUUAUUUGGUUCAUUAGGCAUAAGAAUAAUAAAUAAUCCUCCAGGAUGUACGGCAUGAAAAUUAAGAAAAAAUGUUCUGCCCUCGCGAUUGGUUUUCUGGCCAUUUUUGGUGUUUGUGCUGGAUUCUUUCUCCUCAAGCGUAGUCCUAAAGCGGAACCAACUUUGCGCUUCGUGAGCGUCAUUUUUCGACAUGGAGAAAGAGCUCCAGAUACACCGCUACCACCAGAGUUCGAUGAAGAUGUCUCAUUUUGGCCAGAGGGAUUUGGAGCUCUUUUACAGAGGGGAAAAGAGAAUAUGUUCGAACUGGGACGAAGUUUCCGAUAUCGAUACAAUGGAUUCCUCUCCUCAAAAUACAUACCGGCUGAAAUUGAGGUGAUCUCCAGUGAUGUUGAUCGGUGUAUAAUGAGCGCUCAACUCUUGCUGGCUGGGCUGUAUCCACCGGAGGGAAUUCAAAAAUGGAAUCCUGAUCUACCAUGGCAACCAGUUCCCGUCCAUACUUUACCUCCUGAGUGUGAUCAGUUGGUAAAAGUUACCAGUCAUUGCCCGUUACUAGCGGAAGAGAGGAAAAAGAGAAAUCAUAGACAAACUGACGCCAUUGCAGGGAAUAAGGAAUUCAUUGCUUACUUAACGCAAAAAACUGGUGUUAAAAUUACAAGCGACCUGGUGUGGAAGUUAAAUGAGCAUGUUUCGAGUAUGGCCUCAAAGUGCAACAGAAGCUUAACUUUAACACUUCCUCAUUUUCUACAGCAAUUCCAAGAUCUCCCGCCACCAAAAUGGGCCCAAAAUCAUGAUCCGCAUAAAUGGAAAUGGUUCAGAGAAUUAUUAUUUCUCAAAUCUCAGACGGCUACCAUAAUUAAACUCGAGGCAGGGAAUUUAAUAAAAGAUGUUUUAUCAAAAAUGAAGCAAAAAACAGAUUUAGGAGCAAAUCUUUCAAGCCGGCUAAAAUUGUACGCUGGGCAUGAUCGUACUUUGUUAAGCUUUUGGCGAAGUACGAAUAUCAGCCAGGAAAUCACCGAUCAACCUUGGAACGGGGCAGCACUAUUGAUUGAAUUGCACGAAAUCAAUAACAAAUAUCGAGUAAAGAUACUGUACAAAAAACAUCCGAAAAACGAGGAAUUAUCGGUUUUAAAGACUGUCGCUUGCCAAAAUAACGAUUCUUCUGAAGAUGAUGACAUGUGUGAUGUCGACACUUUCUCUUCUGCGUUGCAGUCCAGCAUCUUCGCCGAUUUUGACGCAGCAUGUCUGAUUCCUAAUGAGUAGCAAUGAGCUCCAAUUUUGUGUUUCUGAACUCGCAUGUAGCUGAGAAAUUUCGGACCGAUGAAUCGAAGCUCCUUUCAGCUGGGUUCCGCAAAAGGAAACUAAGUGAUUUCAUGAAAAAAACACGCUUAAAAAAUGGAGUUGGGAAAUGAUAAUUUUAAGUUUUUCUAUGAACAUAUUCUUUCCUGUUGUGUAUCAAUGUUCGCAAAAAAAUGUGAUCUAUCAUAAAAUAAAAAAGUAAAUAUAAAUUAAAUAUAAAUGACGCUUUAUA